AUGGCCGGCGUGCAAGGCGGCGAGGGCGCCGACGACGAGUUCUUUAAAAGCGUCUAUUCCAACGACUACACGCCGCCCGCGCAGGCGCACGCGGCGGUCACGACGGAGAAGCGGAAGGGCGGGGACGACGCGGAGGUCGGUAGGCAGCGCGAUGAUGCGGGGACGGGCGUACCGACAGAUUUCGGCGGGAAGUACAGCAAGACGUGGGAGGCGAAGGCGAAGGCGGCGGAGCGCAACUGGAAGAAGCGGCGCGAGGACGACCUCACGUGCAAGAUCUGCGGGGAGGCGGGCCACCCCACUCAGGGGUGCCCCACUACCCUCGGCGGGGGCGGAGGCGGGGGGUUUGGUGGAGAGGCGGGCGGGCGCGGGGGCGGCGGAAAGCGCCAUGCGCCGUCCGCGGCGCACCCGUUCGUGAUCAGCAUCGGGGUGGCGGACCGGCGCAUGCGGUCGCGGAUAAUCGGCACGGCGGGCAUGGUGGUGCAGGGCCUUGAGAAGCAGACCAACUGCCGCAUCCAGCUCGAAGACGAUCUCGCCGUCGGCGACGGCGCGUUUAUCGUCAAGAUCUCUGCGACCGAUCGCGACACGCUCGCGGCGGGGGAGAGCGUGUUGCGCGGGUAUAUCGAUCAGCUGCAGCUAGAUAGUUUGCGGAAGGGCGGCGGGAUUCUGGACGGGUCGGCGGCGGUGCAGAUGGCGCUGGCGGCGCUGGCGCACGACCCCGCGCAGCAGCAGCUGCAGCAGCAGCUGCAGCAGCAGCAGCGCAUGUGGGCGGCGGCGUCCGCGGAGGCGGCGGGGGAGGCGGAGAUGGUGAUUGGCGGAGAGGCGGAGGACGCGACGCUGAGGCUGAUCGCGGCGCAGCUGGAGGCGCAGCGGCAGGCGGGAGGGGCGAUGGUGGGCGCAACGGGAAUGGCGGCGGAUGGGGGGGCGCUGGUCGCAAUGGGGCCCAUGGGGGGGAUGGGCGCGAUUGGCCAGAUGGGGCUGAUGGGGGCGAUGGGGUCUAUGGGGUCUAUGGGGCCGAUGGGGCCGAUGGGGGCGAUGGUGCCUGGGGGCGCGGUGGGCGCGUAUGGGGGACAGGUAGAACCGAGUGGUAUGGGUGGUGCAGGCAUGCCGAUGCUGCAACUGCCGCCGCAGGCAGGGGUGCCGUCGUCGGUGGAGGAGCUAGAGGCGCUGGUGGCGGCGGAGACGGGCGCGCUGCAGCAGGCGCAGGCCAGAGAGGAGAAGGAGGAGACAGAUCGCCACAAUCUGAUGCGUUUCGAUCUUGAAACCGCAGCUCCAAACACCUCUCUCAACUGCUCAUUCCCCUUAACCCUCUUUCUGCCUGCCAAUCUCCCCCCUUCCCGUCUUUCCCCACUCCCCCACCUCCCUUCCCCCCGGCAGCGCAUGGAGGAGAUCCGCGGGCGGUUCACAGCGCUGGCGUCGACCCUCUCCUCCCGGCAGGCGCAGCAGCGCGCCCAGGGAGGUGGGGGGUACGGUUAUGAGGGCUAUGGGCAGCAGCAGACUGGCACCCAGGGGUGGCAGCAGCAGCAGCAGCAGCAGCAGCCACAGCAAGGAGCACAGCACAGCUACGGAGGGCAGGGUGGAGCAAACGAGUACAGCCAAACCCAGGGUUACAGUUACCACGCUGCUGCUGCUGGUCCCUCUGCUGGCAACGCAUGGAACCAGCCUGCACCCAAUCCCGGGGCGCAUGCCGGUGGGUACUCUGCUCCUGGUGCAGGACCAGGAGGGGGCGCUGGCUACAACUAUCAGCAGCAGCAGCAGCAGCAGUACCAACAGCAGCAGCAGCAGUACCAGCAGCAGCAGCAGCAGCAGCAGUACCCCCCUGGUACCAACCCUUCGCCAGGGGCAGGGGCAGGUGGGCCAGGAGUGCCAGGUGCUGGGCAGUACCAGUCGUAUGAAGCAAAUGGUUACCAGCAACCACCUGCCCCUGGUGCAGCCAGUGCAGGCUAUUAUCCUGGUCAUGGCGGGGGCCAGCAAGGUCCAAAUGCAGGGCCUCCAGGUACAGGACCGCCUCCAGGAGGCUAUUAUGGGACUGGAUAUUGA